AUGAAUUUGAGGCAUUUUGCUCCUGCUGAGUUAUAUGGCAAUAAUUGGUCUAAUUGUCAAGAACUUAAUUUGCUGAAAACCAAAAUAGGGAUUAAUAUUGCUACUAAUUUUAAGCAAAAAAUUGAAGAAUAUUUGGAGCAACAAUUAGGAAGAAAUGACUUAAAUCCUGAUCCUAAAAAGGCAGAAACUAAAAAAAAGUUAGAGAAAAAUCAAGAAAUAACUUUGGAAGAUAUUGAAUGGCAACUACAACGAGUAAAAACUUUUGAACUUUGGUUAAACAAGCAAAUAGAAGCCGAAAAAAUUGCCGAAUUAAAUCCUCGUCGGGGUGAGGUUUACGAGGUAGAAAUAAUUGACGCCCAAGGUUACGAACAAAAAGGGAACGAGGAUAACAUGCGUUUAGCCGUAGUACCCGGUAAGGCUAAAUGCGAGCAAGUAAGAGCAAUUACCAUUGAGCGAUUUGUAAAGAAGUUAGGCGAAUUAACCAAAAAGGAGAUGAAUGAAAUUGAGGAAAAGUUAGUAAUGGUUCUUAAUUUAGAUAAUUAUAUUGAAAGAAAACUAAAAGAAAGAUUACAGGAUUUUUUGCUCUAA